AUGGUCGGCUGCAAGUUCGUGUCAGACACUGGAGAGUUGACAACACAAGGUACUUUCGUUUUCGGAGGAUUUCUUCGAGGUGGAGUUGAUUGUCUUCUGCUUGGUACAACGCUGACAGUAGGUGACGGGCGAGAAGGUGGAGGAGUGACUGCCGGUGGAGGAGUAGAUGGGUUUGACGGUAGCGGUGGAAAUUCAGACGUAGAUAAAUCAGAAAGAGGUGAGAGAAAAGGCAAUGGUUUGGUAACAGGAAAAAGAGAAACUGGGGUAGAGGGUGCAUUAUCAAACAUAGAGGGGGUGAUAGGUCUCCUGGCAGGGUUGUGA